AUGUCCAAGUCACCAAAUGCACAGAAAAAGUUCCAAUCGCAGCUACACAAAUUUACAGAAACUAACACAUCUUUCAAAGUUGUCUAUUCAACUCUUUCAACCCACAUAACCCCAGGCACCACGAGACUGUGUAUCCUUGAUUCAUCUUUCAACCCACCACAUAAAGGACAUCUAUCACUUAUAACCAAGUCAAUCAACCACUCCAAAGAUCAAACCUGCUCUGUGUUGUUGUUGCUUUCGGUUCAAAAUGCUGAUAAACUUACACCAACACCAGCUUCAUUUGAAGAUCGUUUAGAUAUGAUGUGUUUAUUAGCUGAUUACAUCCAAGAAAACUACAAAGUUGCAGUUUCAGUCGCAUUAACAAAUCACGCAAAAUUCGUUGAUAAGUCAAGUGUUAUUCAAGAUUGGGCCAAAGAAAUUAAAACCAAGGAAUUGAAAUAUUUGUUUUUGGUUGGAUUUGAUACAUUAAUAAGAAUAUUCGAUCCAAAGUACUAUAAACCAUUUGGUAUAGAUGAAGCAUUAACAGACUUUAUGCAAUUGAAUGAAUUUUUUUGUUUGACAAGGACUGACGAGAAAAAUGAUGAUGUGGAUGCCCAACAUCAAUAUGUUCAUGACAUAGCAAGUGGUAAGACAGAACUUCCGAGCGAAUGGGCUACUAAAAUUCACCUUGUUGAAGGCGAUGACGAUUAUUUACAUAUUUCAUCUUCAACGAUAAGGAAACAGACCAAUCAAACUAAUUGGGAAGCUCAAGUGGUUCCUACAAUUGCAGAGUAUAUAAAACAAGAGGAUUUGUAUUGA